AUGUGGCUGGUGGCAGUACUCUGUACUUUGCUCGAUGAAAACGCUUACCUCUACUGUGCGUGUAAAGCCAUACACCAGCGGGUACUGGUACCGGCCGGUCAGAUAUCCACCACACAACCCUUUGUAUCUUACUGCCAGGUUUACCAGCUUCAGGAGUCAGACACAACCAACCCAGCCUCUUUUUACGGACGUCACACACCUUGCUCCUUCACACCCACACAAGACACAACACGUCUUCUCCCGAACCCGCGAUAUCCAGCUGCCUGGCCGCUCCAUCCACGUCAGCUUCUCCUUCUCUUUCACUACAUCUUGUCGACCUCCCACAUCGAACCUCCAACCAAUCCCAACACCAACGUCGCAAUUCCCACAACCGUCAAAAUGGAGCUCUCCGACACUUUCCGCAUCGUCAACUUGGCCACAGCGACCAUCAUGGUCCUGGGCGGCAUUGCCCAAUUCUUCAACUUCAACUUCCAGGGCAUCAUUGUCGGUGCCUACGUGAUCCUCUUCGGUCUCUGUAAGCCUCUCCUCAAGAUUUGCAAUACUUGCUUGCCACAAAGCCUUUCUAACGUUGUUCCAGAGUUCCAGAUCCCUCCCCAAGUCUCUCGUUACGCCUCCUUCCUCUUCUCCUUUAUCGGCCGUGGUGUUUUCUACAUCUUUAUCGGCUCCAUCCUCCUCUCCGACGGCGUCUUCAAGAUCAUUGCCGGUUCCAUCGUCGGCCUCAUCGGCGUCGCCUACGUCGUUCUCGAGUUCGUUCCCCAGAUCGAGCCGCCAGCCAACAUGCGCGAGGCCGACGGCGGCUGGGGCGCAGAGCAGGUGUAA